AUGGGAAGCCAAAUGAAGAAGCAAUGGCUUCAAUUUUCUUGUGCUUUGACAUUUUUCUUGAUUGCCACGUGCACUAUGGCAUAUUCACCUUAUUCUUAUGAAUCAACAGAGUCAACAUACAAUAAAGUACCAAGCACAGAAGCCAAAAAUGAGGACUUAAAUGUACCCUCACUGCCUGAAAAGGAAUUUAAGGCACUAUCAAAGAAUGAUUAUUACAAGAAGUCAUUGGUUUCAGAAGAUAACUACAAGAAAGUACCAUCAGUUUUUGAACAGGAAUAUAAGGCGCCAUUCUUGCCAAAGAAUGACUACUACAAGAAGCCAUCAGUUUCAAAAGAUAACAACAACAAGGUGUCAUAUGCUCCAGAGGUACCCUCGAUGGCUAAACCAGAAUAUAAGGAGUCAUUUUUGCCAAAAUUUGACUACUUCAAGAAGCCAUUAGUUCGAGAAGAUAACUACAAAAAGGUGUCAUUUGUUCCAAAGGUGCCCUCAGUACCUAAAGAAGAAUACAAGGUACCUUAUUUGCCAAAAAAUGACUACUACAAGAAGCCAUCAGUUUCAGAAGAUAACUAUAAAAAGGUGUCAUAUGUUCCAAAGGUGCCCUCAGUGCCUAAAGAAGGAUACAACGUGCCUUCUUUGCCAAAGAAUGACUACUACAAGAAGCUAGUAGUUCCAGAAGAUAAUUACAAAAAGGUCUCAUAUAUUCCAAAGGUGCCCUCAGUGCCUAAACCGGAAUACAAGGUGCCAUCUUUGCCAAAGAAUAACUACUACAAGAAGCCAUCAGUUCCAAAAGAUAGCUAUAAAAAGGUGACAUAUGUUUCAAAGGUGCCCUCAGUACCUAAAGAAAAAUACGAGGUGUCUUCUUUGUCAAAGAAUGACUACUACAAGAAGCCAUCAGUUCCAGAAGAUGACUACAAGAAGGCAUCAGUUUCAGAAGAUAACUAUAAAAAGGUGUCAUACGUUCCAAAGGUGGCUUUAGUGCCUAAAGAAGAAUACAAGGUGCCUUUUUUGCCAAAGAAUGAAUACUACAAAAAGCCAUCAAUUUCGGAAGAUAACUACAAAAAGGUGUUAUACGUUCCAAAGGUGCCUUCAGUGCCUAAAGAAGAAUACAAGGUGCCUUCUUUGCCAAAAAAUGACUACUACAAGAAACCAUCAAUUCCAGAAGAUAACUACAAGAAGUCGUCUUAUGUUCCAGAGGCGUCGUCAGUGCCUAAAGAAGAAUACAAGGUUUCUUCUUUGUCAAAGAAUGACUACUACAAGAAACCAUCACCUUCUCCAUCACCACCACCUCCAUAUUAUUAA